CGGCGAGGCUGCUCGGGGAGCAUAAAUAGCGGGCGGCGCUGCCCGGCUCAGCAGGUCCUACAGGAGGCAGCAGCACAGGGGAGCCUCUCCUGCACCGCUCAGGAUGUCUCCGAAGGCGGCCGCCCUCUUCUUGGCGCUCCUUGCCAUCGCAGGGACGCAGGCCGAUGUCAGCACGGACCAGGUGGCCACCGUGCUCUGGAAGUACUUCAGUGAGCUGGGCAGCAAUGCCAAGGAGACCGUGGACCAGCUGCAGCAAGCCGAGAUCACCAAGCAGAUCAACACCCUGCUGCAGAGCAACCUGAAGAGCAUGAACUCGUACACCGAGGAGCUGCAGCGGCGCCUGGUGCCCUUCGCCACGGAGCUGCAGGCGCGGCUGGCGCAGGACUCGCAGCGGCUGAAGGAGCAGAUCCGCAGGGAGCUGGCCGAGCUGCAGGCCAAGCUGGCGCCCUACGCCGACGAGGUGCACCAGCAGAUCGGCACCAACAUCCGCGAGCUGCAGGCCAAGCUGAGCCCCUACGCCGAGGAGCUGCGCUCGCAGGUGGACCGGGGCACCGGGGAGCUGCGGCGGGCGCUGGAGCCCUACGCCACCGAGCUGCGGGAGCGGCUGCGGGACAACGCGGGCAGCAUCCAGGCCUCCCUCAGCCCCUACGCCGAGCGGCUGCAGCAGCAGAUCGACAGCAGCGUGGAGAACCUGCGGGGGCAGCUGACGCCGCUGGCCGACGACCUGAAGGGGCAGGUGGCGCAGAGCGUGGAGGGGCUGCGCAAGGGGCUGAGCCCCUACGCCCAGGAGGUGCAGGACGGCCUCAACCGGCAGCUGGAGAGCCUCUCGCUGCAGAUGGAGCGGGCGGCCGAGGAGCUGCGCGCCCGCCUGGCCACCAACCUGGAGGAGCUGCGCUCCCAGCUCAGCCCCCUGGCGCUGGAGCUGCAGCAGGCGCUGAAGAGCGACGCCGAGGGGCUGCAGCAGCGGCUGGCCCCGCUGGCCCAGCAGCUGGAGGAGCGCGUGGGGCAGACGGUGGAGGCUUUCCAGAGGCAGGCGGCCCCCGUCGGCGAGGCCUUCAGGCAGCAGCUGGUGCAGCGGCUGGAGGAGAUGCGGCAGAAGCUGGAGUCGGGCACCGCGGGGGUGGAGGACCACCUGGACCUGCUGGAGAAGGAGGUGCGGGAGAAGGUGGCCACCUUCCUCAGCACCACAGAGCAGGCAGAGAGCUGAGCCCCCCCCCCCUCCCCCAGUAGCAUUCAGGGCUUCUCCGCGUGGCAGAAAUAAACUGGCGCGUUGUGAUGCACCCGGUGGUCUGUGUCCAUCCUUCCCCCUGCACCCUGCUGUCCCGAACCCCCCCGGGUGUUUCUUGGCCUCACCUCUGGAUUUGGGCCCGGGGACAGACGUGGGGCCGGGAGGGGGCCAGGGCAGGCUGCGGGUGCUGCGUGGGGGCCAGGAACCUUUCGGCCAGGUGAGCACACCAGCCAGGGCUGGCUGCCCCCACACGGGGGCUGAGCCUGGGGCGUCACCGCACCGCGGUGCUGCAGUGUCUUGGUGGCACCUGGGCUCCCCCGGGGCUCCGGAGGGGGAGGCAUAACGCCGAGCAUCCCCGCUGGAGCCACUGGCACGGCAGGGGCUGGGCACCCCGGGCCUCACCAGCAGGCUCUCUGCAGCACCAGGACACCCUGCUCCGGUCCCAUGUCCCCAGAGGGACGACCAGCCCCAAGCCCCUCCGGUACCCGGACACGAUGGGGACACCUCGCAGCGGCUCCACCAGCAGAGCGCCUCGGGGUGCUCAGGGUCGUUGCAGCGGCACAGGAGCAGGGGGGAUGUGGGCACCGGAGGAGUCCCCUGGGGCCUCACCCCGCGUGCCGGACUUUGCCCGAGGCGCACGGAGACGCCGCAGGUGCUGGCCCCCAGCCCGACCGGUGCGGGGCAGCCCCGGAGGUGCCUCUUGCAGCAGGUCUGCUCCUGCCCCUGUUUGCUGGGUUGCUUCAGAGCAAACAUUCAAAGCCCGGUGUCAGCAGCUCGGGUGCAGUGGCCGGGGGGGAGCCGCCCGCAGCAGCCCCUGCCUGGCUGGCACCGGGGCUCUCCUGCCCCUCUCGGAGCAGCCGCUCUUCACGGGGACAAGACCCGGACUGAGGACACGGACGUGUUUUUCACUGGGGGAAAAUCUGUAAAAGAAAUGGGCGAACCCUGCCAGGGCUGGGGUUUUGUGGUCCCCAGGUGUGGAUGCUCGGGGAGCGGGUGGGCUCGGGGCUGCAGCCCGGGGGGGUUAAGGCCGGCCGGCCGGGGGUCCAGGCUGGCACGGGGCACGGAUGUGCGGGCAGGCGGCGGUCAGAUGCCUGCACUCACG